AUGCCUCCCAAAGUGCUUCAGGACAACCUGGGAGUUGACUUGGUGAUUAAGUACAAGAUUCCAAGUUCGGGAAUAUACGAUGUUACAAGCAACUUUCAGAAACUGAUUCGAACGCUUGCCGAAAUCCACCUCGAGACUGAAGUACGAGCUGCCGAUGAUUCGUCUCUCUUUAUCUUCGUCAAGGCUGGCAACAACGAGGCCUUUACAGAUGUCAUCUACAGGUCCAGGAUAAGAGACUGGUUACAUGGGGUACGACAGAUCCAGCCUACUAGAGAGGCAGUAAGCACUCUGACGGAGACACCACUGUCCGAAUCCGAGCGUCUAAGAAUGAUCCACGCCAUGAUCACUUCCCAGCGAAUGGAUGGAGGAGCGAAUAUCACACCAAAGCAUGGAGAAUGGAAGAAUGUCGAGGCCAUAUUCCCACUACAUAAUCACGAGAGAAACAAGAAGUGGCUAGCAGACUUCACGAAGAAGACGUUCUUGACACCAGAAGACCUGGAUCAUGUCCGAGAUGCGGUGGGUGAGAAGAUUGCAUACUACUAUGCUUUCCUUCAGUCCUAUUUCCAAUUCCUUACAUUCCCAGCUGCAUUUGGAGCGUCCAUCUGGCUUCUACUCGGCAACUUCUCACCUAUCUAUAUGAUUGGUGUCGGCAUGUGGUCAGUCGUAUUCAUUGAGUACUGGAAACGACAAGAAAUAGAACUAUCAGUAAGAUGGGGCGUCAAGAAUGUCGGCACUCUUGAGGCCCGACGAAGAGAGUUCCGCCCUGAAAAAGUGCACAGAGAUCCUAUCACUGGAGAAGAUAUGGCUCUCUUUCCAGCCAAAGAACGAUUCAGGAGACAGUUACUGCAAGUUCCGCUAGCUAUCGCUUCUGCCAUUGCUCUGGGGAUAGUCAUCUGCACUUGCUACUCAAUCGAGGUUUUCAUUUCUGAGAUCUAUUCUGGUCCACUGAAGUCACUCCUGGUCUUUACCCCUACAGUCUUGUUAACAGUCUGUGUGCCAAUAGUGAGUGGCUUCUUAACCAAGUAUGCUGAGCAGCUCAACAACUACGAGAACUACGAAACUCAAUCAGCUCAUGACAAAGCCAUGGUCAGCAAGGUCUUUGUCAUCAAUUUUAUCACCUCAUAUCUGGCAAUGUUCCUUACCUCAUUUGUUUACAUACCAUUCGCCUCAGUUCUCGUUCCAUACUUGGACGUCUUCAGUCUAACGGUUCGACCUUUCGCUGAGAACGAGAAGCAGACAAGAGCACCUCCGAUGUCAAAUUUCAGUAUUAAUCCGCAGCGACUUCCUAAUCAGAUGUUCUUCUUUGCGGUCACGUCGCAGAUAAUUUCUCUAGCAACUGAGACUAUCGUACCUAUCUUGACCAGGAAAGGACAAGACAAAGUUGAAGCCCUGAAAGCUUCUGCACUAAAACGAUCAAGCGGCACAGUACCUUCGAUUGCAGCAUCGGACCACGCCGAAGAAAAGGACUUCCUGGCUCGAGUACGAGAGGAAGCUGACCUACCUGAAUACGAUGUUACUGCUGACCUCAGGGAAAUGUCAAUUCAAUUUGGCUAUCUAGUCCUCUUCUCCGUUGUUUGGCCUCUUACCCCUGUGGCUUACUUUGUCAACAACUGGUUCGAGCUCCGUGCCGACACGUUCAAGCUCACGAUAGAGUCAAGACGUCCCGUCCCACAACGUGCAGAUAGCAUUGGACCCUGGCUUGACAGUCUCGAGUUUCUUGCAUGGUUGGGCAGUAUCACUUCCGCAGCUCUUGUUCACAUGUUCAGCAAUGGUGGUCUUGGUCCAGAUGGUCGACCAAACAAGAUCCACUUCGGCUACCUCAUGCUCUCAGUUUUCUUCUCUGAACACAUAUUCCUUAUCUUCCGCAACGUCGUCCGCUAUGCUAUUCACAAACUAGACAGCGGCAAUAUGCGCAAGGAGCGAUCUGAGCGAUUCAUGGUCCGAAGGAAAUUUCUUGAAGAUGCAGGUCUCGGAGAUGCCGUCAAGCCAUUGACCAGUCCGGGUGAUUCUGCACUGAAGACGAUGAAUACGCGUGGUUCAGGAAUUUCAAAUAUUACGAGACAGUCCCUGGAAGAGGAUGCACGAUAUGAUAGUCUACGCGACACUGAUGACAUGUAUAGGUUCUGGAAUAGGCAAAGAGGUUGGGAAGAAAGCGAGACUGUGGGUAUGCGAUUGAUUGAGAUGAUUGAGAGCAAUGCUCAGAGAAAGACGAAAUAA